UGAACAGGUCAUAAAAUGUCAAAAGUCAAAUCAACUGUCAAAUUUAAUUCAACACAAAUGAAUGAAGCUUUUACAGAUUUUUGAAAACAUUUUGUUAAUAAAUGUUGCAAAACUGGAUUUUACCAAAAGAUAAAAUGCAGGGCACUAUCAAGGAGCUGCUUGACGCAUUAGGAUGUAGUUUGGAGGCGGACACUGUUUUAGAUUACAUCCAGAAUGAUCCCAACUACGGCAACAGUAAUUUGUCCUCUAAGCAAGUGAACGAAUACGCUCAGAGAUUGGCGCUUAAAGCUUCGAACGCUAAGUUGUUUUUGAAAAAAUAUGAAGAGCUAAGGAACAGAAAUACUGAUAACUUGGCUGACCUUAUAGCACUGUUCUACAAACUGGUGUGUGAAGAAAAGAAAUCUAAAAUAUCCAAACCAAAAGUAGCUCCGAAACCUAUACUGGGUGAUAAUAAACAUCAGAUUACAAAGGACGAUCUUCCACAGAUUAAAGACAAACUUCUAAAAGCGGUGGAUGAAAGUAAGAAGCUAGUCAUGAAGUCCUUUGAAGAUAAAGAAACAAAGCUUAGGCCAAACUGGUACAGCAGUCUAGACUUGCCCAGCUGGCAAAAGGAUCACCCAGCAAUGUCUUGGGACUUUCCAAAAGAACCUAUUCCAAUCAUAUCUUCCCUCUCCGGUGUGCCAAUAGCAUCUCAAGAAAAUAUAAUCAUUGAUGACUUGCUGUACAUCUUCUCUGGUGUUCCUGGAAACUACAUAGUCCACCUACCAGUCAAAGACACCUUCGAUCCUCGUACAUUCCUAAUAUCUGAUGAUUUGGAUGAUGCACUGAAACAAAUAGUUCAACAAAUGCUUCCAUUGGCUUCCAAUUACUCUAUAGUGAGAAGGUUCAUUGAAAACUGUGACAUGUGGUCUGGCCAGGUGCUACAUGCAUUAGUCGCAGCUAUUGAAAUACUUCUAAAGGAUUAUUAUACCAUGAUAGCUCAGCUGGAGACUGAGCAUUUAUCUUCAAACCUCACAUUACAAAAGCUGUGGUACUUUGUCUUGCCCACCAUGCAUACUAUGCAAGUCCUUGCCGCCAUUGUAACUAAUAUUGGAAAGAGUGAGUUGCGCGGUGGUGCAGUUCUAACUGUACUACAUGAUAAAACUAACACAUUGAUGGGUGACGCCAGAGCCCAAGAAAUUUCAUUGUUCCUAACUGAACGAGCUUGCCGACCCUACCUCUGUAUUCUAGACCAGUGGAUACAUAAAGGCACCAUUGUCGAUCCUUUUCAGGAAUUUAUGAUAGAAGAUAAUGAGCUUAUCAACAAGGAAGAGCUUCCAGUAGACUACUCGGCGGAUUACUGGGAGAAACGUUACAGUAUUCAGAGAGACAGAGUGCCAAAGUUCCUAGAUAAGUUCACUGACAUUAUCCUUAGAACUGGGAAAUAUUUGAAUGUUAUCAGUCAGUGUGGUAAACCAAUCACAAAGCUGAACACUGAAGAAAUAAAAUAUUCCCUGAGAGAACAGAACUAUGGUGCUAUAAUACAGAAAGCGUAUGCGUACGCCAGCAAGUCGUUGUUGGAGCUCCUUCUGAAGGAGUAUGAUCUCAUGGGAAGAUUGAAGUCGGUGAAGAAUUACUUUUUGAUGAGCCAAGGAGACUUCAUUGUACAGUUCAUGGAUGCUACUGAACAAGAAUUGUCUAAGAAAAUCGAUGACAUUAUACCUUCGAAACUGGAAUCCCUUCUGGGAUUGUGUUUGAGACUGUCAGCAGCAAGUCACGACCCGUACAAUGAGGAUAUGAAGAUUGAAUUGCUUCCCUACGACUUGCAAUUCCAAAUGUUUAAGAUUCUGUCUAUUGAGACUGAAGAUGAGAAAGAAUACAAACAGAACAAAGACUGUCUGCCGCUGACUGGUAUUGAGACUUUCUCGUUUGGCAUGGAAGUUAAGUGGCCAGUCUCCUUGGUACUCAACCAUAAAGCCAUAGCUUGCUACCAAAUGAUAUUCAGACAUCUGUUCUACUGCAAACAUGUGGAGAGGUUGCUGUGCAGAGUGUGGCUGUACAACAAGGUGGUGAAGCGUUUCUCGGCGGCCCGACUGUAUGCGGACGCCUUCGCCCUCCGGCAGCGCAUGCUCAGCUGCAUACAGCAUCUGCAGUACUACAUGUGUGUCGAGGUCAUCGAGCCUUCCUGGUGCCAACUCAUACAGAGCCUCGAUAAGGUUCACAACGUUGAUGAAGUGCUGGAACGUCACAACGACUUCUUAGAGUCGUGUCUCGGGGACUGUAUGCUGACCAGUCCGCAACUGUUGAAAGCGGUCACCACGCUGUGUCUCGUCUGUGUACAAUUCUGUACAUUCAUUCAGGAGAUGCACAAGUACUUCGUGGACGCAGAGCUUAACAGUAUGCUUGGAUCGACGUAUGACAAUUCAGACUAUAGUGAGGACGCGGGUUGUGGUGGGACGGCAACGCAAGGGUCGGCGGACUCAUUCUCUCGCUCCGUGUCACGCUACGGGCUGCGGUUCACUGCUGCGCUGCUGUCUGUACUUGCAAUCAUAGAGAGGAUGGCCAGAGACAACAAUACCAACAAACUGCUUAAUAUAUCUGCCAGGCUUAAUUUCAACACAUACUACGUGAAACAGUUGGAGAAGUUCUGCUCGGAUGAUAAGCUGCUGGAGGCUGAGAAGAAGCAGUCUGCCUCCUAGCACAGGACUGCGCGCCCGCGCACCAACCUCGUCACCUCUGUGUGAACGCACUCUUAUAACUACGCUACUAUUAAAAAAUCAUUCAUUCAACAAUUAUGCCGUCGCUACCAUAUUCUAAUUUGAAUCUCUCCUGCCACAUCAAAAGUACAAUUCAUAAAUAAUAAAAUAUAGCUAAUUUUUAGGCACUCUUAUAAAACAACUAAUUUCUAUAAAAUAUUUUAAUAAUAUUGAUGACGUUGUUUCUAGUAAAUAGAGUAUAGUCAUUAUAGUCACAAAGACAAAACUAAUGUUUGCAUGUAUUGAACUUCUAAUUCCUUCAAAAUUAAGUACAAAUCUUCCAUUUGCAUUUUGGGAAUGAACAGUAUUUAGAUAGACUUAAUUAGAUGUUGUCCAGUGUUUAGAUGUUAGUAAAAUCUCGAAAAAUAUCAGUAUACAAUAUUAAGAUCCGAAACAGUAAGUAACUUGACAGUAGUUGUGUAUUUUUCAUAUAGAAAUUAUGUAACAUACGUAGGAGUACGUUAUUUUUCUAAUGCGGCAGAUUUAUCCACAACGUUGAUAUCAUUCCGACUAGAUUGGGUAUAACUACUAACAUAUUUUUGAUAUUAAAGGCUCUCUAACAUAAUAAGGCAAUUAUUUUUAGAUACUACUAAUAGAAGAAAGUCACAAAUCUCUCAUUCCUUGCCAUAAGUGUUAAAUUAUAGAUAGAUACAAUGACAAAAUAGUGUUCAAAUUAGUGGUAGAAGAGCUUCGUGUAAAUUAAGCGAAGCGUCACAAAAUACUCUCAACUGUCGUUAGGGGCAUCUAUUUUACGUGAAGCGUGUAGGAAGGGGGCAACCACUGACUGGGUCUGUAUAAUUACAUAAUCUUGAUAAACUUAAACUUUGUAAGUUUUAAUUCUUCCAGCUAAUGUUUUGCUAUGUACAAUGCUACCUACUUAAAAAGACAAAGAAAUAAUUUUCAUUCUGAGCCCACAAAGUAUUUUUGUGACUUACUAAUUUCACAUGAAAUUGGGGGAGGCGGGAGGUCGAGGUGAAUCUCACUACAAAUACCAAAGGUCGCAAACAUUAUCCUCACAGCCUCAUGUAAUGUAGAUGCCCCCUUAUUCUAAAUCUCAUUUACUCCCAUGACUAUUGUAACACAUAAUUAUUCUAUUUAUAGUAUGAAUUUUACAUUAGUUAUUAUUAUUGGCUGUGUAUUGUAAACCCCUACUUGUUACAUUUUUUGUAAAUAAUUCGAUGUGUUGCUGUUGAGUAGGAUAAAUAAUUGCCAUAAUUUUAAACUUCCUGAAUCAACCUGUUGGAUUACUUAGUAGUUCAGUUUAUACAUUUUGUUAUUGUUAACCAACACAGAUUAAUUAUAUUUGUAUUGAUAACAAACACUUGUUUAAAAACGAUAACUUUGAGUAUUUCAAUAACCUGCACUGCAUACUAUUGUAAAAUCUCAGUAUGUAAUAUGUAAAUACCAUCGUUAUUAUAUGCAAUAAAUACCGAUAACUCAA